AUGUCUGCUACAUCACCAGCAAGAGAAGACAUCAACCUCAUGAAUCUCACAAUCGCGAAAGAAAACUAUGGAAACCAAGUCCCUGGAAGCAUUCCAAACAUCUACCGUAAAGACAAUCCGGAUAGGGCCGACGACCGCGCUAGUAUCGAUCGAAGGGACGGCGUUGCUGCUGCGUCGCGUCACGUUGUGUGCGUCGUGCCACAUUCGUUGUUGCUGUCGUGUGGGGUGAUGGCGUGCUCUCAGGUUGUGGACAAUGCCACUUCCAUUUCUGAUCGAGCAGAUCCCGAGGUUUCCUAUGCUCUGACUGAUCUGUCUAACUGUCGUCCUGAUCCCAACGAGCUGCAGCCUAGCAAUGUAUCUGCUUUCUUGACUUUUAAGAACCAGUUUCAAUUUAACCCAAUAGUGGCUCGUCAUUAUGCAGAUGAAUUAUUCGCAGAAAUGGAUUUUGAAGGACCAUCAACCUCUGAAUUCCAUAACAAUGGUUACGUGACUGAACAUCCAGAUGGGUUAGACAAUCGAGAUGGAGUUGAUGGCGAUCAAGGUGAUAUCUACCAGUAUUAUUACAUGGUGGAAGAUUCUCACGAGGAUGUUCUGAAGAAGGAAAUCGAGAAAGGCUCGAAAGAUUUCGUUCAUAUACGUGAGUUAGAAAUGCAGAAGGAGAAUCAUGUGAAAGUGUCGAAUGAGAAACGGAAAGAGAAGGAGCGUAUAAUAGAGUUGCGAAGGCAGUUGGCUAUUGAGAACAGAAAUCUCCAACUAUUCUGUUGCUUCGUAUGUAGCAAGGUAUUCACCGAAGAAGAGAAUAUGCGGCAGCACGUCUCGGAGAAGCAUCUUGCUUUUAAAAAGGAGUACACACUUAAAUGCUCGAAAUGCUACAGGCGGUUUAAAUUUGGACAUCAUUUACGUCGUCAUGAAGAGACUCACAAACACAUCACGUUCACGUGCUUACAUUGCAAUAGGGAAUUUAGGGAGGAAAUCUCACUUGAAAUUCAUUUGAGCAAACUGCACAAUGUUUCAUUAGAUGGAAAGAAGCUUUCGAAAACUCAUAGAUGCGAAUGCGGCAAAACUUUUGGAUUGAAAGAAGAGCUUUCUCGACAUCGUUACUAUUGUGGAAACAAAGAAAAGAUAGCGGAACAACGACGAAGAGCUCGUCAGGAGCUUGAUGCGAUGUCUUCAGUAAGCUGUACUCGUUCUGUGUCGUCAUGCUCUGAUACGGCCAGCACACCUAGUCUAGGCAGCGCAUCCGGCAGGCCGAUUAAGGACAAGUCAUGUCCAUUCUGCUUUCUCGUUUGCGCAUCAAUGCAGUCACGAAGGCGACAUAUAGAGCGCAAACAUCGAGACAAGCUUGGUGAAGUUGAAGUCGAUCAACAUCAAUACAUUAAAGUUAAUUCGGCAUCCCUACCCUACGCUUGUGAUGUGUGCUCCAAAACGUUCGCCUCCCACGCUUCUCUGAGUACUCAUAAGAAGAGGAUACACGAAGAUAUGAACAAUCACGAAUGUUCGACGUGUGGUAGAAGAUAUCCACUGGCAAGUGAAUUGCGGAAGCACAUAAAACGUGUGCACGAGAAGCGAAGUAGGGAGAAUGUUUCCGAGCUGUAA